AUGUGUCUUAGUUUUCUUCUCCUAUUGGUCUUCCUCCUGUCACCCAGAGCUGAAGCUGGGGAGAUCAUCGGUGGCCAAGAGUGCAAGCCACAUUCCCGUCCCUACAUGGCCUACCUGGCAAUCGUCACUUCCCAGGGUUACUGGGCGAGUUGUGGUGGUUUCCUGAUAAGACGGGACUUUGUAAUGACAGCUGCUCAUUGUGCAGGAAGCUCUAUAACAGUUAUCCUUGGAGCCCAUAACAUAAGAAAAAAACAAGACACAUGGCAGAUACUCAAGGUUGUAAAACAAUUUCCUCAUCCAAAAUAUAAUGACUCUGCAGUUCUCAAUGACAUCAUGUUACUAAAGCUAAAGGAGAAAGCCAACCUGACCCUGGCUGUGGGAACACUUCCCCUCCCACCCCAAUACUGCUUUGUCCCACCUGGGAGAAUGUGUCGGGUGGCUGGCUGGGGAAGAACAGGAGUUAUGGAACCUACAUCAGACGUUCUGCAAGAGGUGAAAGUGAGACUCAUGGACCCCCAGGCCUGCAAACACUACCCGGAUUUUAACCACCAGUCCCAGCUGUGUGUGGGCAAUCCCAGGAAGAUAAGAUCUGCAUAUAAGGGAGACUCUGGGGGCCCGCUUCUGUGUGCUGGGGUGGCCCAGGGCAUUGUCUCUUAUGGAAGGCAUGAUGCAAAGCCCCCUGCUGUCUUCACCCGAAUCUCCAAUUAUCGACUUUGGAUCAAUAAGGUCCUGAAGGAGAAUUAA